AUGAGGACAGGUCUUCCGAACACCUGCGGAGAUUUACAGAACGUACAAGAUCCGCGUAAAACCGCAGUGAUUGAUAUGGAGCUCUGUCGGCUGGGUGUAUCAUUAUGUGCCUUGCAAGAAACGAGACUGCCUGGUGAGGGAUCCAUUCGUGAAAAAAAUUAUACGUUUUUCUGGAAAGGUAAAGACACUGAAGCCGUUCGCGAGCAUGGUGUUGGCUUUGCGGUAAGAAACGACCUCCUGUCAUCCAUAGAAACACCACACGGUGUGUCGGAACGUGUUAUGGUGUUGCGUCUAAAUACCAAGUGCGGUUUUAUUACAAUCAUCUCCGCCUACGCUCCAACGUUGAUGGCAACCGAUGAAGCCAAAAGUCAGUUCUACGACCAACUUGAAUCUGUGAUACAGAAAGUAAAACCCCGAGACCGCCUUUACAUUUUGGGUGAUUUAAAUGCUCGCGUCGGCCAAAAUCACAGUGCGUGGCCAGAAUGUAUUGGCACCCAUGGCAUUGGUAAGAUCAACGAGAACGGGCAACGCUUGCUCGAAUUCUCUUCAAGACACUCACUUUGCGUUACCAAUACCUACUUCAAGGGAAAGCCAUCAAGUAAGGUUUCCUGGAGACAUCCACGCUCUGGUCAUUGGCAUCAACUUGACCUAAUACUCACUAGAAAGAGCGACCUGGGCGAAACACUUCACACACGUACCUUUCACAGCGCCGAAUGCGAAACAGACCACUCCCUCGUCGUGGCGUGUAUUGCCGUCGUAAAAAAAAAGAUCCACUCAUCCAGGCCGUUCGGUAGAAGACGAAUUGCUCUUCAAAAUACCAGAGACGAUGAGAUGGUCCAAAAAUAUGAGACUUCGGUUCGCAGCGAAACCGCUUCCUGGGAUGCUUCUAUGUCUGUGGAUGAAGAGUGGAGUAAAGUCAAACGACUCCUAACAACAACAGCUUGUGAAGUGUUUGGCCACCAGGAUACUAAAUCACAGGACUGGUUUAUUGACAACAUCCAGCAACUUCAACCUCUGCUGGAUUCCAAACGUAAGGCAGCUCUAAACUACCGAAAAAACCCCUGUCCGAAAUCAUCCGAUGAGCUUAGAAUUGCUAAAGCAAAUUUGCAACGUAGUACGCGACACUUUGUUAACGCUUACUGGAACGACCUCUGUAUGAGCAUUCAAUCUUGCGCAGACACGGGUAAUUUUGGCGGCGUUUACUCAGGAAUCAGAACCGCUUUAGGGCCAGUUAUUAAGAAGACAGCUCCACUAAAAGAAGCUGAUGGCACUAUUAUAUCAGAUAGCCUGAGGCAAAUGUCGAGAUGGGUGGAAUAUUACACCGGUCUAUAUUCACAACCAGUGGACGUUCAGUGGGAGGCUGUGCAUAACAUGCCGAAACUGGCCACCUGGGAGGAGCUAGACGAUCCGCCUACUGUAGAGGAAUUGCUCAAAGCUGUCAAGCAGCUAAAAUGCGGCAAAAGCCCCGGCAGCGAUGGCACCCACGCCGAAAUAAUCAGACUCAAGUGUAUAUUACCUGUUCUGCACAAUCUAUUGUGGAAAUGCUGGGAAAAAGGAUACAUACCGCAAGAUAUGCGCGACGCUAAUAACAUAACUUUAUAUAAGGGUAAAGGCGACCGCGGCGAUUGUAACUGCUACCGUGGGAUAUCCUUACUAAGCAUAGUAGGCAAGCUUUUUGGACGAGUGGUUCUUGGGCGAAUCCAGAAACUAGCUAAUCGUGUGUAUCCGGAAUCACAGUGCGGGUUUCGUGCACAGCGUUCCGCAAUCGAUAUGGUGUUUACACUCCGACAACUGCAGGAGAAGAGUAGGGAGCAGAACAUACCUCUGUUUGUGGCGUUCGUUGACCUGAAUAAGGCUUUCGAUACGGUUAGCAGAGAUGGACUAUAUAACGGACUUGAAAGCAUUGGGUGUCCAUCAAAACUUCUGAGCCUGACGAAAUGCUUCCAUAAAGAUAUGAAAGGUUCUGUCAUAUUCAACGGAAACACAUCCUUUCCGUUCGAGAUGCGUAGAGGUGUACGACAGGGCUGCGUAUUGGCCCCUACCCUGUUUGGUAUAUUCUUUUCAUUACUCUUAAGAGAAGCGUUCGGCAAUGACCAACAGGGUAUCCAUUUUUAUACGAGGACGGAUGGGAAGCUCUAUAACAUCACAAAACUUCUCAAAUCCAAGCGUAAUCGCGAGGACAUUUUUGUAGACAGCCUCUUAUUUGCCGAUGACGCAGCUUUUGUCGCUGACUCCGCUCUCGAGCUUCAGACCAUAUUGGACAGGUUCGCCCGGGCGUGUGCACUGUUCUCAAUGACGAUAAAUGCCAAAAAAACCAUUGUGAUGGUGCAGGGAAGCACGAAAAUACCGGAAAUUACGUUGGAUGGCGUGCCCCUGGCUGUCGUAAACAAGUUUGCGUAUCUAGGGUCUACCGUGUCGAACAAUCUCUCGCUUGAUGCGGAGAUCGAUAUUCGUAUCGGCAAAGCGGCGACCACCUUCGGGCAGCUUAAUACGAGAGUAUGGAAAAACAAACAUCUUACCAUGCGUACCAAGAUGAUCGUCUAUCAGGCAUGCAUCUUGAGUAUUCUCUCUUACGGAGCUGAAACCUGGACGACGUACGCGAAACAAGAACGUCGACUAAACGCCUUCCAUAUGCGCUGUCUUCGUAACAUCUUGGGCAUAUCCUGGGAGGACAGAGUUACCAACGAGCGGGUUCUUAAUAUUGCACAGCUGCCUAGCUUCACAGCGUUACUCAAGCAGAAGCGGUUGCGCUGGCUAGGGCAUGUGCAUCGAAUGGAGCCCUCGCGCCUGCCUCGGCGGAUCUUGCUUGGUGCUGUAGCAAACGCAAAACGUAACUUGGGGAGGCCCAUCCUACGGUUUAAGGAUUGCGCUAAACGAGAUAUGCACGCCUUUGGUAUCGACCACCAAAACUGGGAAGCAGUUGCCGAGAGUCGUGACGGAUGGCGUAAAGUUGUUGUGGACGGACGCAAGAUACACGAUCAAGCUUGGUUUGAGACUUUAGCGGCAAGAAGAACGCGACAACAACAAGCUUCUUCCGUCGCUGACACCACCCGGUUUACCUGCAGGGCGUGUGGCAAAGGUUGUCGCUCACGUAUCGGCUUAUUUAGUCACGAAAAGAGCUGUGUAAUUAACUCAAGCUGA